CCACCGUAUCACCCACCCAACUUUCAACUUUUCAAACACAUCAUUACCGCGGGGAUGAUACCUGACAGGUAGCGCACUAUUUGUUACCCAACGGGCGUCCAGCAGAAGGGUAGUGCAAUUUCAGCUUGGUGAUGGCUUCCGAAUCGACGGGUCGCGUCGUCCGAUUGGGGUGCGGUCUCACCCGCCAGAAUUGCCACGAUUCAUUUUGUGCUCCGGAUUGCCUCCGGCCGAGCCUUACCUUUAAAUGCUUGAGAUGCUGGCUCGUGAUGUAAUAUCGUCGACUGAUACCUCUCCCACUCCAGUGUAGGCGGGUGAUAGGUGUCGAUGGUGGUCCUUCGGAGAUGCUUCCGAGAACAGAAAUAGAAACCGAUAAAAAGCUUGAUCGAAAUGAUGGCAGGCGAUGCUCGCCCGGUGGUGGUACUUGUUGCUCGCUCGUCCUUGUACGCAAAUGCUAUAUCGGUGGGGGUUUGGGUGGCGCUGUUAAAAUAAAUGGAAUUAUUAACGAAGGAUAGCAGUAAUCCGUGCGCGUUGUUGGUGUUGGCAGAAUAGAGGACGAGGAUGAGCAGCAGCCUGUGUCGCAUGACGUCGUUGUGUUGUGGGUAAAAGGUUAAAAGUUAUCUCUCGUGCAAAUAGUAGCACGGGGCUGGAAAUUCCAAUGAUUUUCACCAACGCAUCGCAGCAUUUCCGAUCGACGUGUUUUUUUUUAAGCUUCACGUGUGUUUGGGUUUGGCCAACGAGAUGUUUUGCCACUUUGCACGCGAGAUCGAUGUAAGAUGGGAAAAGGCCCACACCCCGAAAAUAGCAAUCGUACUAAAAUUGGAAACGGCUGAAAUGCUAAAAAUAUAAUGCAGUUAACGACGACGUGUACAGAGCGUCGCCGUUUGCGGUGCGAGGAUUGGAUGGGGAGGGGGGUCUUUAUUGUUAAGAGAGAUGUUUAAUGAUAGUUAUUUAUAAAUUGUAAUUAGCUUACCGCGUUGAUAUGCCUCGCCAUUUCAAGUGGGAGCUUUUCUAAAACAACUCACUCCAUCACGUUGUGGUGGAAUGCAAUCGAGAGAAAAUUAGGAUGAUUUCUUACCAAUAUCGGAUGUUGUUUAAAUACGGUUUAGUGCGCUUUUUACUGGGUUUUCCGUUUUCACUUCAAUAUAUAAUCUUAAAAAUCGUUUUUAAAAGGCGUAUAUUGAUGGACAAUCAGAGCUAUGACUGAGAUCGAUCGCUUCCGGAAGCGAGCGGAAGUAAUCGGCAACGAUGUUCAUUUGUGUUCAUUAUUAUGCCAGAGGGAACUCAAAUUUGAAAAUGACACCCUUGAUUACCCACCAGCGUUAAUCGUCCCUGGAACGAUCGAAUCCAAGAAUAGCUCUAUGGGCGAAUGUUUUAAGACUUAUUGGCUCAAACCGGUUGCAUCUUAUAAUAUCUUUUGUGUGCUUCAAAUUUGCUAUAGAAAACUGUGCCGUUUCUUACGUUUCCCCGUAUCCCAUAUUCCAUUAGCCAGCAAACAGUGAAGUGCUAAUGUAGUGUUUAAUAGAGAGGUAUCGUUUCACCAGCCGCACACCAGGUCCGAGUGUGACACAGGUGGCAAUGGGCACCGGCGACGUUGUUGUGUCACGUGUUACAGCAUAUGAAACAUUGCUUCCGCUGGUGGACUGAUUGGUGGUCGCGGCCACUACACUCCUCCCAUUAUCAACCGGCGGCGUGACACACGGUGCUGAUGUUCAUUAAGUGUUAAGUCGGCGCGCGUAACUGGCUCACUCAAAGUCGAAUGGAUUUAGUGUGGUGUGUGCUGUGUUCGGUCGCUCGCUGCGCUGCCCUGGCAAGUAACCCAUCAGCGAGGAAGUGAUCCGUUUCGUUCCUGUUUUAUUGCGAUACCGCGAUACGGUACGGAAAAUCCUUACACCCUCCUCCAAGCCACCACAAACCGCCGUCAAGAUGAUGCAGCGUCGUGGCGGGCUAGCACCGGCUGCAGUUUUAUCGCAACAGCAGCCGCAGCAGCCUCAGCAGCAGCAGCAGCAGCAGCAGCAACCACAUCAUCCACCGCCAAGAAGCGAACCUGCUGCCACCACAGUUUCGGCAUCGCAAAGCAAAGACAAUGCCGUUUCCUCCCGGCACAGCGGACAGCAUUUGAAGAAAUCAUCAUCUUCCUCCGAUACCGGUGGUGGCAGUAACGCGGGCAGCAACGCCGCUACCGGUGCAAGCGGUGGAUCGGCGUCCGUCGGUGGGCCCGGACCCGGUGGCAGCAGUAGCAAACGAACGCACGGCACGGGCAGCAGCACGAUGGGCAACACCCACCAGGACACGGAUCAUCAUCCGGGCGACAAUGGUACCGUUGCCGGCGGUCUGAGCAGUUCCGGCACUUCUACCUCGAACAAGGAUAAAGACGAGGACGAUAUUUACGAGUUUAAAUCCACGCCGAAAGAUUCCAGCUCGAGUUCGAGCGACGAAAAGGAAAGUGGUGGCGGUACGUCGAACAAGAAGGGACCAUCAUCGGCGGGGGAAAAAUCGGCUGGCGAGAACGAUAAGCAAUCGGCGGGCUCGUCGCACCAUGACAAUGAAUCACAACAGGACCACGGACGCGAUGGGUCGUCUGGCGCGUCUGGAUCGUCCCGGGACGAUUCGCAAGCGCAACGCUCGACACUGCAACAAUCCGGAUCGGAUGCAGGUGAAAAGCAGGCGCAAAAGGACGGACAAUCGAACGGGACAUCCGCCGGCUCGUCGUCAUCGUCGGCGGUUUCUUCCGGUGCUGGCACGAUCGGGUCGUCCGAUCAUGGAGCGGGUGCUGCUGCUGGUUCCGCCAGCGGUGGCAAUACAACCGGUGGUAACGGUACGGGUGCCGAGCGUUCCAGUGCUACCGUUGGAUCAUCCGGCGGCUUAUCAACCACAACACCCUCUUCCUCGUCCUCUUCCUCCGGCGUUCCGAAGCGUCCCUUUGCUGAGCUAAACGAUGGGGCAGACGAAAGCUCUGGCGGAACUACGAACGAGGACGAAACGAAGCGUAAGAAACGUAAGGAAAUCGAUCCGCUCGGCGGGCUGGGCGGUGUUGGUAGUGGUGCCGGCAAGGAUACCUCUUCCACGUCUUCCGCUUCUGGUGCUACGUCCGGCAGUGGAGGUGGAUCCGCUUCGUCCACUUCGUCGGGUAAAGCGAGCGGCGGCAGUAGUACGGGUGGAAAUCGGGGCUCAACACCCCGCCAGGAGAAGGGCACAAAAUCGACCGGCGUACCAUCGGCCAAAACGCUCGGACUGUCCGGCAAGAGUGCGUUGGAUCGGAAAAGUCCUUGCGCUAGCCCGAAACCUUCGCAGGGUGGUGGUGUGGCCGGGUCGGGUGGCAGCAGUGCGAGCGGUGCGAAUGCAUCCUCAUCGUCCACCGGAUCUGGCGCUGGUAGCAGUGGUAGCAGUGGUGUGUCGUCCGCUGGAGCUUCUUCAGCGGCGGGAAAGGGUGGAUCAUCGGGUACGAGCAGCAGCAACGAUAGUGACGGCGAGAGUGGUAGCAAUGCCACGAUGGGGACGGAGGAUGGCGUCGGGGGGAAGAAUGGUGGGGAGGCUGGAUUUGGUGGCAGUUCCGGCGGGGGUCCGAAAGUUCCACCGCUGAAGAUUGUCAUCCCGCAGCAGAGUACAACCGGUGAUACGGAGGUCGGUGGGAAUACGAGGAAUGGAAAGAAUGCAUCGACGAGAAAUCAUGCCGCGUUACCGUACGUGGUGGCGUCCUCCAAUAGCAACGAUUCCACGGCGGACAAGGAAAGCACCUCGUCGCGCAGUGCCAGCCCGGCCGACUCGAAAAGCUCGGACGAGAAAAACCCGUCGCAGGGCGGCAGCACCAAGGACGAACGCACCCAGCAACGUGUGCUGCGCAGCUCGCACCGCGGUGGCAACGGUGGCAAUAGCAACAGCUCCACCAAGGAUGGCAACACGUCCGGCGUCGACCGUUCGAACAAUUCCUCGCCCCAGAUGCAGCAGCAGGGCAACAGUGGUUCACCCUCGCCGCUGUCCAACGCCAGUGGAUGUGAUACGGCGGAAAGGGGCAUCGGUGGAACGGCCGGCACGAACGCAGCGGAUGGCGGUCGAUCCGGUUCGACACAAACAAACAGUCCCGGGAGCGGUAGUGGGUCUGCAGCAGGAGCUGUGGGAGAUGGUGAUAACGGAACGGUGGCUGGUAGUGGGGGUGCCUCUGGGCCGGGUUCGAAUGGUAACCCGAAAAGUCCUUCCGGUGGUGUGAGUGGAGCAACUGGCGGAGGAGGAUCAACAGGAGGAGGUAGUGGUCCGAGUGGUUCAUUGACUGGAAGUUCCACCGGCGGUGGAUCGGGUGAUAAUAAUGGCGCUGGGACGGGAAGCACCACCGGUACAGCUAGCACCGGUGCCGGUGUCGGUCCCCCAUCCACUUCCGGCAACGGACCGAAUGCAUCCAAUGCCAACAGUUCCGGAACUUCCGGCAAUGGGACACCAUCAACCGGUGGACAGUCGGCAACAACCGGCACCGGCAGUGGAUCAACACAAUCGCAAACCACUGGCACGGGUACGGCCCAAAGCACCAACUCAUCGUCCUCCACUUCCUCCUCCUCUUCCUCGUCCUCCUCAUCCUCCACAUCGGAAUCUUCCGUCCAUCCACGCAAGCGUAAGAUUAAAACGAGCAAAGAACAAUCUUCCACCUCGUCGUCGUCCUCUACUUCGGCCGGAGCUGCCGGUGCGGCCGGAUCCGGUGCAGCCUCCGGCACGACGGCACCGUCCAGCGCCACUGCUGCUUCCUCGUCAGCAACGUCCGGCACCGGUGCGGCCGCAGCCGACGAGAAGAAGGAACCGCGCGAAGGAACGCCCGACGUUCAUCCGCACGAUCAACCGAUCACGAACUGUUACCAGAUGUAUCUGAACAUCCGCAAGCAGAUCGAGCGCCGUCAGAAGAGUCUGUUCCCGGUGCAACCGAAGCCGCCGCAAGGCUUCAAGGACUAUCUGAUGAACCGCUGCACGUACGCGCUGGCCGGUAAAACACCGACCGAGCCGAACGUCCAGGUGCCGGCCACACUGCCCGCCUCGCUCAAGGAAAUGUUCCAGGCGCAGGAGAAGGAACGGCACAAGCUCCGCAUGCAGCACAUCGUCGAGAAGGAGAAGCUUGUGCUGGCGGUCGAGCAGGAGAUACUGCGCGUGCACGGCCGGGCGGCACGGGCCCUCGCCAACCAGUCGCUCCCAUUCUCCGUCUGUACGAUCCUGAAGGAUGAAGAGGUGUACAACAUCAUAACGCCCGAGCAGGAGGAAAAGGACCGGAACGCCCGCAGCCGGUACAAUGGGCGGCUGUUUCUGAGCUGGCUGCAGGAUGUGGACGACAAGUGGGAAAAGAUCAAGGAAGCGAUGCUGUUGCGCCACCACAACGAGGCGGAAAGCCUGCACGCGGUCCAGAAGAUGGACUGGGAGUGGAAGAUGAAGGAGCAUUUGCUGUGCGAGUUUAAGGCGAAACCGAUCAUCGACGAUACGUACGUGCCGAUGGUGAACGUGAACGAUGACUUCGAUCUGCUACCGGCUUAGGCAGCUGUCUCGAGCGUAUGCCAUUGCGGUAUAUGCGAAGCGAGAAGAAAAGAAGGGUUGACCGCCACCGCCAACACAGAGAGACAUUAUUUUCUAACAAAUUCCAACUCGGAAUGAUUAGGGUUAGGUAAGCAGAUGAGUUGCUUUGAACAACGACAGGGUACGGAAGACGCAGAAAGACGCAAACCGAAUGGACAAUGGAUUGUUGAUGUAAAUAUAAGUAGUUUUAAUCGGAUACAAAUAAAAGUAUUACAAUUUAGUA